AUGGCGGAUUACGAUUACGACAGCGCGCGGAUGAAGGAUGCGAGCUACGCGGAGGCCUCGUGGGAUAGGUUCCUAUUUCAGCAGGUUUGCGGCCUCGGGGGCUUCUUCACGGUGCUCAUCCUGACCCGCCUGUGGACGUCCUUCUCGCACACCCGGUUCCUGAAGCGACGGCACAAGAGCAGGAUUGACACUCUCUUCUGUCUCAUGGACAUCAUCUUCUCGACCGGGUCCAUGUUCUCGUUCAUCGCGUACUCGGACCUUCGGGCGUACAACAUCGGGCUGACCGUCGUGGAGGGCUUCUUCGCGGUGUUUUACCUGGCGGCCAUGAUGCGACGGCUGUGGCUCAAGAACUUCGACUACGGCGUCGCGAUUACGUUCAGCAACUUCUUCGACUCCUACUCUGUCGCGGUGAUCCUGUACCAGAUCUUCUCUGGUAUGCCCACCUUCCUGACGCCGCUCUUCAUGCGUUCCAUGGCGGCGCUCAUCCGCUACGAGGAGAUGCUCGAGCUCGGCCUCCUGAACGACUGGUUCGGCGAGGUGAGGCAGCGCCUCGGACUGUCCGCGCUGAGGUUCAUCUGCAUCACGUACUUCUUCGCGUGCUGCGGGUUUUGCAUCGAGAUCUUGGGAGACAUCGACAUCAACAAGGACGACGCCGUGGACAGGAUCUUCGUUUCCGUCAACCCGGACUACGAACAGACGAUCCUGAAGCAGCUGUACUACGUCGUGGUGACGCUGAGCACGGUUGGAUACGGAGACAUCUCGCCAGACACGACCAUCCACCAGAUCUUCGCCAUGCUCAUGAUCGUCAGCGGCGUCUUGAUCGCGUCGUCGGAGGUGUCCGCCAUCAUGGCCCUGAAGGAUUCCAUCGACACCGGCACCGGCCAGUACAGGCGAUCGAGGUUUCGCAACUCGCACAUCAUCGUCUUGGGCGGCGCCGUCACCUCCGGCUCGGCGACGCUGCAAAUCUUUCUCGAGGAGCUGCUGCACCCGUCGCGGCCGAGCACCAUGCUCCCGGACGUGGUCCUGAUGUCCGAGGAGGCGCCCGGUAACGGGUUGAGACGAAUCCUGGCGUCGCCGCUGGGCAGGCAGCACGUCAGGUUCAUCCGAGGGUCGCCCAUGGAUCAGUCGGCGCUCGCGCGGGCGGAUGCCGCCAACGCGGAUAUGUCGUUCAUCAUGGGGGACCUCUCUUGCCUCGAGCACCUCGCGCACGCCGAGGACGAGGACACGAUCCUUCGCGCGUCGCUCUUACAGCGGCAGCUUCCGGGCUUGCCCGUCAGGGUGCUGCUGCUGCGGCCGUGGGCGAAGGAGAUGGCGAGAACCGCGGGCAUCAACCCGUUGUCCUGCCUCACGUCCGGGGUGCUCAACUACUACCGCACGGCGCUCUCCGUGAGGGUACCGGGCGUACCCGUGCUCCUGACCACCAUGUACAGCAAGCUCGCCGGCGAUUGGUCGCAACUUCCGUCCAGCGGCCAGCCGUGGGUCCGAGAGUACUUCACGUCCAUGCGACACGACGUGUACGGGGCGCAGGUCGGGCCCGAGUACGACGGCAUGCCGUUUUUAAAAGCCGCAGCCAUCAUCUACAAGAACCACGACGUGAACCUGCUCGCGGUGCAGUCCGCGCCGGAGAACGGCGGGCGGCUGUGCCCCGCGGGGUUCGCGAACGGUAAGCUGCACGUGCUCGCGGAGGGUGACGUCGUGAUGUGCCUGGGACGAGACGUGGACAGGGUGCUAAAGGCGGUUGGGAGCGUGAGCAAGCACCCGGAUUCGUGGCGAAAGAGAUUUCACGCCACGCGAAAGAUGGCGGCAAAGUUGGGCAUCAGGCGGGAGACGUUCUCGCCCACGCAGCUGAACGUGACGGCGCUGCAGCGAGGCGGGGAGAGCGUCCACGGCGCCCACAGCGUCCACGGCGUCCACAGGCGUUCGCGGUCCCAGAGCCAGGGCGCCGGGCAGGAGGAUAGGAGCGCCGCGAACCUCAACACGGCUCCGGUCGCGACUCCGGUUGCGGCUGUGGCCACGCUGGCGCACAGUCGCUCGCUGGACGGGUACAGCAUGGACGCUCACACCGCCGGCAAGCUCGCGAAGGAGGUGGCGAAGGAGAUGCGCGCCGAGCAGAGAAAGCAAAAACGAAGGAGCGACGACCGGCAAAGGAGGGUCAGCAUCGAGCAGGUGUUUAGCAACCCCGCGCUGCAGGGCUCGUCCACCGGCGUCCUCGGUCUGGACAAUCUGAACUCCGGGGACAUGCACGACACUUCCAGCUGGAACGUGAACUUCCCCAAGACGAAAUCGCAACCGCGCAAUCCGCGAGAGAUCGCCGCGUCCGAGGCGAGGAGCAAGCGGUACGCGUACGGCCUCACCGAGAGCGGCGCGGCGCAGAUGCCGACGAUGCUGGCGCAUCCCCACCCGCCCGUGCCGUCCAAGUUUGACUACAAAGGAUCGCUGAACGUCACCAACCUCUGCGACCUGGCCGCGAGGCUGUCCGCCACCGCCGCGGUCCAGGACGCCGCGCUCGUCGUCCGCCAGCAGCGCGCGAUGGGCCUGGAAGAGCGGGACUUCACGCCCAACCGCACGAUCAAGCGCAUCGCGCAGGCGGGCAACCACAUCCUGGUCAUCAGCGACGCCGAGCUCGACGAGCAGCGUUGGGAGGACAUCGAGGUCUUACUCUACCGGCUGCGGGGCAACGACGGGUGCAACAUCAAGCCCAUCGUCGUCGUGACGCGGACACCGCCGUCGGUGCAGAGGCUCAUCACGUGGCGCUCCAUCGACGUGUACGUCUCCGAGGGUUUCAACGUCAACGUUGACAAAGGGUCGAAUGCAAACAUCCUCGGGUUCGACGUCGCGCACUGCAUCGUGCUCCUCGCGGACGUCUGCAGCAGCGACAACGAGCUCUUGAUGGAUCGCAAGGUGCUGCUGGCGACGUCCGUGCUGGAGCGCGCGUGCGAGGGGUACCCCAACAUGGCCCCGCACGAGCUCCUCCCCAAGGUCAUCCUGGAGUUUCAUCAUCCAAAAUCCGUGUGGCACGUGCGCGAGACGAAGGGGUUCGGCUCGCUCGCGUCGGAGCUCACGGACAAGGGCGCCAAGGCCCACGAGGAGAGGCGGUACAAGAAGGCCAAGGACCGCCACAGGAACCGCCGCGGCAGCCACGAGAUGCCCACGCGCGCGUCCAUGUCAGCCGAAGGGCACGUGGCGACGCUGGAACGGUUCAGAGCGCAGCAGUACAACGACUCGCCGAUGCCCGGCCGCGGCUCGUCGCUCGACGGCCCCCGGCCGGGCGCGAGUUUGUCCGGCAGGUUCAACUCUUUGAAUCCGGUGCGCGCCGCGGUGGACAUGUCCAAGCAGGACACGAGGGGUGGGAAAAUCAUCGGCGGCUUGCUCAAGUUUUGCGGCGUCCUCGACAUGGAAGGCAACGAGCGCGGUUCCAAGGCCAACUACAACAAGUACCGCGAGCGGUUUCAGGACCAGAACCGGCUGUCGUGGAUCGAGCACCCGGAGUCGCACACGCAGUACGCGCGGGGUAACGUCAUGUUCCGCACCGAGGUGUCGCGCGUCAUGGCCACCGUGUUCUACACCCCGGGCCUGAUGGAGCUGGUCGACUCCCUGACCAGAGACGCCAGGGCGGGCGAGAACGUCGGGCACCACCCGAGGAUCUGGAGCGUCCCACUGCCGGAGGCGCUGCACGGAAAGACCGUGGGAGACGCCUUCGAAUGGUACGCGGACUCCGAGGCGUUGGUCAUCGGCGUGUACCGCAACGUGAAGAAGCCGCGUAGGCGUCGGCGUAAGAAACGGUCGAAGGGCUCGACGGAUUCGUCCUCGUCGUCCUCCUCGGACAGCGACAGCGACAGCAGCAGCAGCAGCAGCGACGACGACGACGACUCCGGUGACGAGGGGAACCGCCCGGAUCACAGCUACGUGCUCACCGCGCCGCCGCACGUGGUCCGAUUGAACCCCACGGAUACGCUUUACAUCAUCGCGACGACGGCGUGGGCGUGGAGUAACCUGCCGGAGCUCAUCGAGCUUCGCAAGGUGUUCUGGGUAAUCUUCCUGCAGCGGCAGUUCCGCCUGAAGUGCGAGCAGAGACGAGAGAAGGAGCGGCUGGAGGUUCAGAAGGCGGCGGGCUACGGCGUCGAGCAGACGCCGGAGCUCGACCCGAGCAGCAUCCAGGCGCUGAGGGAGCAAUCCGUGCUGCUGACGCACCAGUCGUCCCAUGGCGCCAACGGUGAGCACAGGACGCCGUCGCGCGGCCCGACGCCGCCCCCGCGGCCCCGUUCCACCUCUCCGCCGUAG